AUGGACAGAAGUUUGGAAGUGGAAAUAUUCUGCCCAAUUUGCCUGGAAUUGGUCUUCGAUCCCAUUUCUCUGUCCUGUUCACACAUUUUCUGCUUUCAUUGCAUUCAAGAUUGGCUGAAAAUUAGAGAAGACUCAAUCCUGACCUGCCCCUUGUGUCGAAGAGAAAACAAGAAACCUGUCAGGGAAGAGAUGCAUAUUAGAACGCUGACACUAUGGAUCAGGCAGCAUGGCUCAUUCCUGGGGCAAAGUCUCCUUUGGAGUACUGAGCUUCUGAGGUUCUGGGUGGAUGUGACCUUGGAUGCUGCCACCGCCAACUGCCUCCUUGUACUCUCCAAUGAUCUAAAGACUGUCCACUGUGGGAAGAUUUGCUACAACCUGGUGGAGUAUCCCAAAAGAUUCACUAGGCUUGCUUGUGUCCUGGGCUCCCCCUGCUUCUCCUCUGGACGCCAUUACUGGGAAGUUGAAGUGGAACAAGGGACGGAGUGGGCCCUGGGUGUCUGCAAAGAGUUGGUGGAAAGAAAGAGGAGCAUGAAUUUAUCCCCUGAGCAUGGUUUCUGGAUCAUUAGCUUGAAGGCAGGAGAAAUUCAUGCUAGCUCGACGCAGGAAGGAAUUCCUGCAAGUCCUGACCUUUGCCAAGUAGGAAUUUUACUGGAUGUGGAGAUGGGAGAAAUCAAAUUUUUUAAUGUUAAAAAUGGUGACCUCAUUUGUACAGCUGUUUUGUUCUCCAUAGCUGUUUGGGAGCAUUUGUGUCCAUUCUUUUAUCCUGAGUCACCAGCAGAACGGAAUAGAGGUUCCCCAUUGAGGAUAGUCUCAUAA